AUGCCGGAAUUUCGUGGCGUGGGGCUUGGAAGCCGCCAGGGGCCAGACCCGGUUGAUCACUUCCUGGAGGAACACUUGCUGUACCGGAAGCACACCGUUAGGGACCCCACGAGUCUGUUCCGCGUGGUCGCCGAACAGGUGUACGACACCCAGGUGCUGCAUUACGAAGUGCGCAUGGAGUGCGUUCGCUUCAUGUUCCGCAAGAGACGCCUCUUCGAGCGGCAGGUGCGCGGCGACUUCGACGACUACCUGUGGCGACUGGAGAAGACGCAGACCGAGGGCACGAUGCUAGAGUUGCGUGCCAUGUGCUUGCUGUAUGGCCGAAACGUGGUCAUCUACGAGACCUUCCAAUUGGGCGAGACGGUCACAAUCGGAGACAUCAGAUACCAGCAAGACGUCUUGCGGAUUUUCAAGGACUAUAGUGGGCACUUCGACACCGUGUUCACCAUGCCGGAGAUCGCCAUGGCCGCAGUUUGCCAGGCCAUUUCCUAUAAGCUCCUCUACCAGCAGCUGUUCCGCCUCCCAGAUGUUGGUCUGGCCGUGGAGGCGAUGCUGUAUCCGAACACCUUCAAUCAGGAAAUGCAAUUCGAAAUGGAUGCCGAUCGCAACGUCAUCGGUCUGCUGUGCUACAAUGGCAGGACCUUCAAGCUGGACCGUCCAGAGAAGACCCGCUGCCUCCUGACUAAUUACAAGACCUGCGCCUACCACAAUCGCCGGCCCAACUCUCCAGUGCCCAUAUCGUGCGUGCGGCAGUUUGUCGCAGACGAGAGAGCUCCCUUUCCUUAUGCAGUCUCCAAAUCCCUGGACCCGUACACCUAUCGCAAUGUGGAGCUGUACUGCCUGAAUGCUGCUCGUCGACAGGCCAGGAACCUGAACAUUUACAUGGGCGACUACGACUUUAAGGUGGGAGCCAAGUGCCAGGUGGCGUUGGACCCCAAGCAACCGCGUAAGAUGUCCAUCUGCCACAUUCAGUACAUCAACUGGGAACAUACAUCCAGCGUGGUUUUCUCCGAGGCCAAGGCGCAAUUCCUGACCGUACCAUAUUCUGCGCUGCAUCCAAUGCCCCCUUCCGAGUUCCAGCCUUGGGAUCCUCCCUACAGGUACCGGCGUCCCCGGCACAAGAAGCGCCCAAAAAAGGUUAGCACGAAGGAGCAGCAAGUGGACAAGCGGCCAGGGCCGGCUUUGCAUUCGGAGGCCAAAAAGGUAACUCUUCCGUUUUCUCUUGCGAUGGACCACAACGAAAAUAAACCAAAGCAGCUUCCGCUUCUGCCACCGCCAUCAUCAGACCGAGAGAAUCAUUCGAUUUCAAUGCCAUCGAACCAGAGAGCUGCACCGGCGGCUAUGCCUGUUCUCCGACCACCGAUGCCCAUCCCCCGACAGCCGUUGCACAUUCCGCGACCGCCGUUGCCCACCGUUCCUCAGCCAGUUUUCUACCCAACGCCGCCGCAGCAAGCAAUUGGAUCACACCAAUUUAUGCCAGGACAAUUUCCGUUCCAGCCCCAUAUGAUUCGAGCUCCUGUGCGUUUCUAUCUCAUGCCGACUCCGCCGCCACCACCUGGCGAUCCAGGGACAAUGCCUGGCCUGAUGCCGCCGCCUUUCGUUGGUAAUAUUCCGCCUAUGGUGGCCCAAACUUUCAAUGAUUUCCAUCCACUUACUUACUAG